AUGGCUUCCUGGUGGCUCGGUUUGUGGAGCAUGCUGUCCGCGAUGCUCAGUAUGCUGCUGGACGUUGCGCAGUUCUGGCGGGAGAAAUUGUUUUCGUGGUGGAAGUCCAAGUCGCCCCGCAGUCAACUCUUUCAUACUCUUGCGACGGCAAAGACGUACGAGGAAUGGGAGGAGGCGGCGUUUCAGUUGGAUGAACUUCUCAGUAAGGACUUGUGGCGACAGAAUCCUGUCAGUCGACACUAUGACUACCGGCUUAUCCUCGGCCGGCUAGAGGCCUUGAUGGGUGCGCGGGAGAGCGAAGAUAUUUUGACUCUGGUCAACCUGCUUCGUUCGGGACUUGUUCGCAAUCUAGGCAAUAUCACCUCGACCAAGCUGUUCACGCAUGCCUAUGCCGGAACAAAGCUUUUGAUUGACGACUACAUCACGCAGGUUGCAUUGUCAAUUCAAUACGUGACCUCGCUGCAGUCGGCGCCCGUGCACGCGAGCGGUUUCACAUCGCAGGCCAAGCUCGAACUACUCCACGACACACGUCAGGCAUUUGGCCGGACGACGCUCCUUUUGCAGGGCGGAUCAGCUUUUGGGUUGUGCCAUCUUGGAGUUGUGAAAGCGUUACAUCUUCAAGGUCUUUUGCCUCGAAUCAUCACUGGUACUGCCACCGGAGCUAUGGUUGCUGCUCUCGUUGGGAUCCACCCUGAGAGUGAACUACUGCCUCUUCUGAAUGGUGAUACGGUCGAUCUUUCGGCUUUUGAUCAUUACCGAAAGGACCAUCCCGAAAACGAGAGCUGGAUGCGUGUCUUUAUCCGGCGAAUGGGCCGACUCCUCAGAACAGGCCAACUCUUUGAUAUGAAUCUUCUCGAGGAGUGCGUUCGGGCAAAUGUGGGCGACCUGACCUUCGAGGAAGCCUACGCUCGAUCCAAGCGCAUUCUCAACAUCACCAUCGCAACAGCAGGAAGAACCGGCUCGCCGAAUCUCCUCAACUACCUCACAGCACCAAACGUGCUAAUCUGGUCCGCAGCAGCCGCUUCCAACGCCUCGGCCUCCUCAACAAUCACCUCCUCGAUAACCAUCUUUUGCAAAGACGAAACAGGCUCCAUAGUCCCAUGGCCACACACGAAAGACCUCGUCUUCCAACCCUGGCGACACGUGAACUACAGCGACGGCGAAUCCCCCCUCUCCCGAAUCUCCGAACUCUUCAACGUAAACCACUUCAUCGUCUCCCAAGCCAGACCAUACCUAAUCCCCAUCUUCCGCUCGGAACUCAACCUCCUCGACCGCCGCCAGACAGGCUGGAACCACCUCUCCCGCUCAGCAAUGCGCCUCAUCCUCGUCGAACUCCGCCACCGCCUCCGCCAACUAGACUACAUCGGCCUCCUCCCCGGCUCCCUCAGCCGCAUCUUAAUCGACGAGACGAUACCCGGUCCAAACCUAACACUAGUCCCGGACCUUGCCCUCCAGGACCUAGGCAAACUUUUCCAGCAGCCGACGAAGGAGCGCGUCGCCGCUUGGACAUUGAAGGGCGAGCGAGGCGUUUGGCCCGCUGUUAGUGCGCUGAAGGUCCGUGAGGCGAUUGAGAUCGAGUUGGAUCGUGGGUAUCAGAUUGUUAGGCGCAGGAGACCGAGUGAUCAGGCUUUGCCGCCGGUGCGUCAUUCGCCGAAUGAGGGGUUGCCCAGGAAGAGGAGGGGGAAUAUUGAGGGUGGGGAAUGCUCGAAUGCGAAUGCUGUUGUUGAUGGUGGUGAAUAG